UGCCUUUCGAGCUGGGCAGUGGAGGCUCUAAGUCCGCUUUCAGCAGGACCGGAGGAAGGAGACUGGGUGGCCCCAAGGAAGGAGGGGAAAAGGCUGCUGAGAAGAGGAGGAGGGAAAGCGGAAGAGGCAGGGCGAGGGAGGAGCCUGAGGAGACGCGGUCGCGGACGGGCCCGGCUCAACCGUGACAUCCGCGCCCCGGCCGCCUGGUCGCCAUGGCGGGCCUGGGCCAAGGCCCGGGCUCCGCCGUCCCCGUAUGGCUAGCCGAGGAAGACCUGGGCUGCAUCAUCUGCCAGGAGCUGCUAGACUGGCCCGCCACGCUGCCCUGCGGCCACAGCUUCUGCCGCCACUGCCUGGAGGGCCUGUGGGGCGCGCGCGGCGCUGGGCGCCGCUGGGCCUGCCCCACCUGCCGUGAGGGCGUCGCGCAGCAGCCUCGGCUGCGGAAGAACACGCUACUGCAAGACCUGGCCGACAAGUACCGCCGCGCCGCACGCGAGCUGGAGGCGGGCUCCGACUCUGCCCCUUGCCCCGGCCCCGGCUCCAGUCCCGACUCCAGCCUGACCCUCAGGCCCCGGCGCUGCCCGGCACUGCCGCGGGUGGCAGUAGAGAAGAGCAUCACAGAAGUUGGUCAGAAGCUGACAGAGCUGGUGGAACAUCUUGUAGACAUUGUCAGGAGCCUGCAGAAUCAGAGGCCCCUAUCAGAAUCUGGACCAGACAAUGAACUGAGCAUCCUGGGCAAGCUGUUGAUUUCCGACACAGCUGCAGGGAAAAUCAGAGAUAUUCUCCAAGACCUAGAAGAAAUUCAGAAAAAAUUACGAGAAAACGUCGCCCGGAAAGAGGCUUCUGAAGCACAAAUACAGGGAGAACUCCCAGAAGCCCCAUCUUCCUCCUCAUGCCCAUUGCCUGACCAGAGCCACCCUGCACCCAAGAGAGCUUCUCAGUUUGCUCAGUGGGCCAUCCAUCCAACCUUUAACUUGAAGAGCCUUUCCUGCAGCCUGGAGGUGUCCACGGAUUCCCGUACAGUGACUGUGUCUCACCGCCCACAGCCCUAUCGCUGGAGCUGUGAGAGGUUUUCUACCAGCCAGGUCUUGUGUUCCCAGGCCCUCUUUUCUGGAAAGCAUUACUGGGAAGUGGACACUAGGAAUUGCAGCCACUGGGCAGUUGGGGUGGCUUCCUGGGAGAUGAGCCGUGAUCAGGUCCUGGGAAGGACUAUGGACUCUUGUUGUGUGGAAUGGAAGGGGACUAACCAGCUCUCUGCAUGGCACAUGGUCAAGGAAACUGUCCUUGGCUCAGACAGACCUGGGGUGGUGGGCAUCUGGCUGAACCUUGAGGAGGGCAAGCUUGCCUUCUAUUCAGUGGACAGUCAGGAGGAGCUUCUGUAUGAGUGUACCAUCUCUGCCUCCUCUCCUCUGCACCCUGCCUUCUGGCUGUAUGGCUUACAUCCUGGAAAUUACCUGAUAAUAAAGCAAGUAAAGGUAUAAGGUUUCCUCAGGGAUUACAACACAGUGGUUUCCUGGUCUCUCUCCCUGUCAUCAAUCAGGGUAGUAACUUAAGAAUACCACUUUUAAGAAAAAUUACAAUAGAGAUUGGAUCUUACUAGGUUGCCCAGGCUGGUGUCGAAUUCCUGGCCUUAAGCAGUCCUCCCACCUCAGCCUCCCAAGGUGCUGAAUUACAGAUGUGAGCCACACCAUCUGGCCAAGAAUACCACUUUUGAAGUUAAUCCUUUUGUGUGAUACAGGAUGAACUUGGGAUGUUUGAACACUGGACAUUCCAAAUAAAGGACAGGCCCCUGCCUGGCUCCUGGGAGAUAACCUCUAAGCCAUUAGAAUAUCCUGCCUGAUAUGAGUGUUUUUGUUUACCUGUGGACCUUGGGCCAUGCAGUAUUAGCUUGACCUCACAGGGUCAAGCUGAGGAGACUAAGUCAGCCAUGUGAGCAGUGAAGCAAGCCUAUGUGACCAAUCCCCAGUAAAAGCCCUAGACACCAAGGCAUGGGUGAGCUACCCUGGUUGGUAAUACUCUGUGCACACAUCAUUGUGGCCACACAUCAUUGCUGGGAGAAUUAAGCAUUAUCCUGAAGACUCUGCCAGGAGAGGAUAAUUGGAAGUUCUCUUGGACCUUGCCUCCUGUGCCUUUGUUCAUUGCUGAUUUUAAUCUGUAGCCUUUCACUGUAAUAAACUGUAACCAUGAGUACAACA